AUGGAAGAACAAUUCCCAAUUUCACAAUCUGCAAACACCCAAAGUCCCAAACCAGUUUCUCCCUAUUUCAACUUCACAGAUCCAAAUAAUCCAUAUCGUAUGGAAAAUGGGGACCACACAGCUUUGAUUCUUGUCACUAAACUGCUCACCACUGAAAAUUAUGUCACCUGGUCACGAGCAAUGUGUCGAGCACUUAGGGCGAAGAACAAGUUUGGCUUCAUUUCUGGAAUCAUUGCUAGGCCGGCAAGUGAGGAGGAUCCUCUGUUUGAAAUGUGGGAAAGGUGCAAUGACAUGGUGGUUUCUUGGAUACAAAAUGCAGUCAGUAUUGAUAUCAAACAUACUCUGGCUUUCGUGGAUGAUGCUCAAAUGGUGUGGACAGAGCUUAAGGAUCGUUUCACCCAACAAAAUGGUCCUCGCAUCUUCCAACUUAGAAGAGAUUUGGUUGUUCUUCAACAGGACAGGGACUCUGUGAGUACUUAUUUUGGUAAUCUUAAAACUCUUUGGGAUGAAAUGAUUAUUUAUAAUCCAAUGCCAUUAUGCACAUGCGGCCAGUUGAAAAUGUUGAAUGAGAGGUAUCAGAGAGAUUAUGCUAUACAGUUUCUUAUGGGUUUGAACGAUCAAUAUACUAAUGCUAGAGAUCAAAUCAUGCUAAUAGAGCCCCUUCCCAGCAUUAACAAGGUGUUCUCAAUGAUCCAACAACAAGAGCAGCACCACCAACUCGCUAACAACACUCCUUCUUGUGAGUCUAUGGCAUUGGCCAGUAAGUUUUUCCAUGCCCCUUUUAACACAACUAAGAGAAAUUUCACAAACCAGAGGAAAAAAAGGCUUUACUGUCCACAUUGUCACACACAAGGUCAUACACUCGAAAAUUGCUAUAAGGCUGGAAAUGCUGAGCCUCCAGUAUGUUCUCACUGCAAUAUGAGUGGUCACAUGGUUGAGAAAUGUUACAAGCUUCAUGGGUAUCCCCCGGGUCACAAGCUUUACAAAGGAAAAGUUACAGGUUCUUUUGCUAAUCAAGUUGUUUUGUUGACAAGUCCUUAUCAGGAGAAGGUGAGUGAGGAGAAAAUGGUUUUCACCAAAGAGCAAUAUCUUUAUCUCAUGAGCCUUAUUCAGCCCAAAGGGGCUACAGACCAUAUGAUGUGUAGCCCUUCCUUUUUCACUUCUAAUAUUGCAGAGGUAUCCUAUAGGGACCUUUCCACCUGGACCACGAUUGGAAUUGCUGAAGUGAGAAGUGGCUUGUAUCACCUUCUUCCUAGAGUAGUUUCUCUUUCAUCAUUGGCCGACCUUCUAUCAUGUUUGUCUCCAAAUUUCCCUUCAGUUGCUAUUUCUGUUCAAAGUAGUAUAAAUGUGAUUGAUCUUUGGUAUUGUCGCCUUGGUCAUAUUUCUGAUUCACGAAUGAAAUUGAUAGAUGAUCCUGCUUACACUGUGAUAUUUGGGGGCCAUGUUCCACUAAUGCUUAUGAUGGUUCAAGAAUUGCAAGCUUUGGAAGAGAAUCAGACUUGGAUUCUCACUGAUCUACCUCCUGGGAAAGACACCGUGGACUGUAAAUAUGUCUACAAAAUAAAGAGGAAUUCAGAUGGCAGUAUAGAGAGAUUGAAGGCCAGAUUGGUUGCUAAGGGGUGUACUCAACAAGAAGGCAUCGAUUAUCAUGAGACUUUCUCUCCCGUAGCCAAGACGGUGACUGUGCGAUGUCUUUUAUCAGUUGCUGCUGUUCGUGGUUGGCAUUUGCAUCAAUUCGAUGCUAGUAGACAAUGGAAUGCAAAACUCACCUCGUGCUUGUUGGAUUUUGGUUUCUCUCAGUCAAAGGCUGAUUACAGCCUAUUCACCAUGUCCACUAGCACUUCUUUCACUGCCCUUCUUGUUUAUGUCGAUGACAUAAUCCUUGCCAGUAGCUCCAUGGACAACAUCACUAUAGUCAAGGAUUGUUUGCAUGAUAGGUUUAAGAUCAAGGACUUAGGUGCUUUGAGAUUUUUUCUUGGAAUCGAAGUGGCAAGAUCACCUACAGGAAUACACAUCUGCCAACAAAAGUAUGCUCUUGAUAUUCUAGCUGAUUCAGGGAUCUUGGGUUGUAAGCCAGUCAAGAUUUCUAUGGAACAAAAUUCCAGGCUAUGCAAAGAUGAAGGUGACUAUUUGGAUGAUCCCUCUAUAUAUAGAAGACUCAUUGGCAGAUUGCUUUAUCUCACCAUCACCAGGCCUGACAUUAGUUACCCAAUCCAAAUUCUGAGUCAGUUUAUGGAUAAACCUUCCAAAACUCACUUGACAACUACUCACAAAGCUUCAUGCCCUGAUACUCGUCGGUCAGUAACAGGAUAUUGUGUUCUACUUGGCCAGUCUCUCAUUUCCUGGAAAUCAAAGAAACAGAGCAUAGUAUCUCGGUCUUCUGCAGAGGCAGAAUACCGUACCAUGGCUGCCACAGUCUCUGAGCUCACUUGGCUUUGUUUUCUACUUUCUGAUCUGCAUAUCGAACACUCUCAGGCAGCCACUCUUUACUGUGAUAAUCAAGCUGCAAUCCACAUUGUCUCAAACCCAGUUUUCCAUGAACGUACGAAGCACAUUAAGCUGGAUUGUCAUCUCAACAGAGACAAAAUUUUGGAAGGAUCCAUUGUCACAAUGCAUGUCCCUACUCACCUUCAACGAGCUGACCUUCUUACAAAGGCACUUCCCUCUUCCCUUCUGCGCUCUCACUUACUCAAGCUGGGAAUUGUCAACCUAUAUUCUCCAUCUUGUGGGGGGUAUUACGGGACAUAA